AUGGCUGACGACACACCAGACUAUUCUUUCGGUCCCAGGGCAGAAAUCUUUCACCAGCUUAUUGGUGAUGGUAUUUUUGUCCAAGAAGGUGCUGCUGGGAAGAAGUCGCGAGCUAUGUUGAGGAAGCACCUCUUCUCCUCGUCGUCCACUUAUGGCCUUGAGAAGCUGGCCGAGCACGUUGAAAAUUUUCUGGCUCGUCUUCCACUUUCCGAGCAAGGCGGCGUCGUCGACCUCCAACCUCUCAUAUUCGAUCUUUUCAUGGACAACUCCUCGGCCCGGCUUCUGGGCAGGUCGACUUACACCUUGAAGUUCGGCGAGAACACCCCGGAAAGCACCCGCAACCGGAAAUUUGCAGAGAACUUCUGCAUCGCCUCGGAAGGCCUCGUCAGACGGUUCCGUUGCGUUCCCUUCCAUAACAUGUACAACCCAGCCAGGUUUCGGACUGCCUGCAUCGAAGUCCGGCAUUAUGUGGAGGAUUUCCUUGCUGAAGUUCGAUCCUUGAAGCCGGCUAUUGUUGGAGGCCGAGCAGCCGACAGCCUUAUUGAACAGAUGGCCCAAGAUGGAAUGAGCGACGACAGCAUCCGCGACCAUGUCAUCAACGUACUUCUGGCUGGCAGAGACUCAACAGCGUCGGCGCUUAUUUGGACAUUGUUAGUCCUUGAGUGA